GGAUUUCACAAGUCAGAAUCAUCUGUGUUUUGAGCGGUUACUUUCCCAAGCAAUUGUCUGUGGAGUGGUACAAGAAUGACGGUUAUCCAACGAACAUCAUUCCAAAUGAGAGAAAGCUUAUGAAUGCAGAAGGACAGGAGAAAACCUUCAGUCUAACCACUGAGAUUAAAUCAAAUAUGGACGACUGGAAAACAGGAACAAACUUUACUUGCAAGUCCACCCACAAGGGCAGUGUAUUUGUAAAAACAACAGACAUUUGCCAGACUUCUUUAAGUGUCCCUCCUACAUUUCAAAUUGUGAUUCCAAGCUUUAAGACUGUGAUGACAGAAUCUUUGGUGAAGGCAACAUGUUUGGUUCAUACUACUUUUGAUGCCAACUUUACCUGGCUGUUGGAUAAAAGCAACAAACGGAGUGUCACAAUGAAGCAGGUUUCAAACACAACUCAUAUAUCCAGUGAAGUGACAGUUUCCUCGAGUGAGUGGAAGCACCUGAAGACCAUAACAUGCAGAGCACAACAUAAGUGUUUUUCAUCUAUGGAAAAGACAGUAAAUGUAGCAGGGCCGUCAGGUACACCUCCACAGAUAAAGAUCAGGAGAUCUUUCCCAGAACUGGUGAAGGAAGAUUGUGCUAUCUUCCAGUGUGACAUCUCACAGGACUCCUCACAGGACCUCUAUGUCACAUUUCAGUCCAAUGGACGUGAUAUUUUGGAAGGACAGUAUGUUGAUCUUCCUGAAGGCCCCGGCCCUCAUUCAGUCAGUAUAAAUUUCCUGGUUCCCAGAAAUGUUUGGAAAACUAAUACAGAUUUCACCUGCACGGUGAACCAAGGCUUCUCCAGCAGUUCCAUCAAGUCACAUACCAUCAGUAAUAUAUUUGCGGAACCCUCAAUUGAACUUCUUCUGGCUCCCGGAGAAGUACUGGGGCAACAGACACUUGUGUGUUCUGGACGGGGCUUCAACCCACAAAUUAAAUGGUUGAAUGGCUUACAUGAGCUACAUACAUCAAAUCAUGGCAUCAGCAUGGAUACAAAUGCACGUGUUGCAGUAGCAAGUCAGCUGCAUGUUGCUGAGACUGAGUGGAAAUCAGGAACGGUCUUCAUAUGUGAAGUCUCUGACAAAUCUCUGAAUAAAGUUGUCAAAAAGGAAAUCAGUUUCUGCUCAGCUUCUUUAAGUGUCCCUCCUACAUUUCAAAUUGUGAUUCCAAGCUUUAAGACUGUGAUGACAGAAUCUUUGGUGAAGGCAACAUGUUUGGUUCAUACUACUUUUGAUGCCAACUUUACCUGGCUGUUGGAUAAAAGCAACAAACGGAGUGUCACAAUGAAGCAGGUUUCAAACACAACUCAUAUAUCCAGUGAAGUGACAGUUUCCUCGAGUGAGUGGAAGCACCUGAAGACCAUAACAUGCAGAGCAGAACAUAAGUGUUUUUCAUCUAUGGAAAAGACAGUAAAUGUAGCAGGUACACCUCCACAGAUAAAGAUCAGGAGAUCUUACCCAGAACUGGUGAAGGAAGAUUGUGCCAUCUUCCAGUGUGACAUCUCACAUGACUCCUCACAGGUCCUCUAUGUCACAUUUCAGUCCAAUGGACGUGAUAUUUUGGAAGGACAGUAUGUUGAUCUUCCUGAAGGCCCUGGCCCUCAUUCAGUCAGUAUAACUUUCCUGGUUCCCAGAAAUGUUUGGAAAACUAAUACAGAUUUCACCUGCACGGUGAACCAAGGCUUCUCCAGCAGUUCCAUCAAGUCGGAUACCAUCAGUAAUAUAUUUGGUGAGAGUUGUUUGUAUUUACUUGGAAAACACAUUGCUUCGGAACCCUAUAUUGAACUUCUUCUGGCUCCUGAAGAAGUACUGGGGCAACAGACACUUGUGUGUUCUGGACGGGGCUUCAACCCACAAGUCAAAUGGUUUAAUCGAUCAAAACAGAUAACCCCAUCAACUUAUGACAUCAGCAUGAAUAAAAAUGGGCAUGUUGCUGUAAUGAGUCAAUUGCAUGUCGGUCUGACAGAGUGGAAAAGAGGAAUGGUAUUUACAUGUGAACUGUCUGACAGUUCUCUAGAUAAAAAGGUCAAAAAGGAAAUCAGUGUAUGUUCAGGUAAGAUUCAAACAAAAGAUACCUGUGCAGAUAUGAAGAUUGUGAAAGUCAUCUGCUUCAUCGUGGAAUCUCUUUUCACCCCAAGAUCUUCUCAUGUUCAUAGACCUGCACUAGAGGAGCUUCAAAACAGGGAACAGGUGACUGUUAUGUGUCUUUUUGUUGGCACUAGUCUUAGGGAUUUCUCCAUAACCUGGAAAGUAGAUGGUCACCCAUCUUCUUCAAGUCACAUCCAUACAGAAAAACCUGUAAAUCACAGCAACGGGACAGAAACUUUGCACAGCUUCCUUAACGUGUCAGCGAAGGACUGGUACUCAAAUAAGCAAGUGUCUUGUGAGGGAAAACAUCUGUGUUCCAACAAAAGUUAUGAAGACCAUAUCAGCAAAAGUACAGACCUGUCAAAACCAGUUCUGAGGAUAGUGAAACCAACAUUGACUGAACUGUAUACGUUUGGGACUGUCACGCUUACUUGCUUAGUUUCAGGAUUUUUCCCAUCUGACAUCAUAGUUCAGUGGGAAGAGAAUGGCCAACGACUCCCAGCAUCUCUCUAUAUUAACAGUCCUUCAUGGAAAGAACCAGCAACAAGCUAUUUUUCAAUGAGUAGCAGAAUAAAUGUAACUAAGGCUGAGGACAAUAUGUCGACAUACUCUUGUGUUGUUAGACAUGAAUCGUCUGAGACUCCAGUUAAAACCAGCAUUAGUGAUGUAUUUGCCUCUGUGACCUACACCAAACCUUCAGCCAUCUUGCUCCAGGGAGAAAACGAACUAGUGUGUCUGGUCUCAGGCUUCAGCCCACCAUCCAUUAAUAUCACUUGGUUCCGCAGUAAAACCACAGAGCCGAUGGAAUAUAACACAACCAAGCCCUACUUAGGUCAGGAUGGAAAAUUCAGCAUUCAAAGUCACGUUCGCCUGUCCCCAAUUGACUCCUUACCAGGCGUGAUUCUCACCUGCAAGGUGAUGCAUGAGGGUGCCACCCUAUCAGUGAAUAUGUCCAAACCAGACACACUGGAGCAUUGUAGCUUCUUUGAUGCUCUCAAGGACACUGACGUGAGUCAAGAUGCCCUGAAGGAAACCUGGGCUGUGGCGUUAACUUUCCUCUGCUUUUUUCUCUUCACCAUCAUAUUUUCUCUUGUUGUCCUCAUCAGUAAGACCAAAUAAUGACAGUCAAAGGACAAAUUUCAUAUUACUGAAUGAGGUUUUAAUUUUUUGAUGUUUUUAUUAAAUGUAUUUUAUUUUCUUUGUUUAUUUUAGUUUUUUUUUUUAGAAUGAUUCUUUUUUUUUUUU